ACCUGACUUGUGACGUAUUGACAUUGACGUAAGAAUAUGAGGAAUUGACGAAUAUGGCGCCGCCCAAACAACAACAGUUUCAAAUUGUGUUAUUAUUAUUAGUUAUUUUUGUCAGUGACAUUAUUUUAGGGCAGUACGACGAUUACACUCGAUACCCCAGUGGAUAUCCUCCUAAUCAGCAAAACCCGUACAAUGAAUAUGGUCCACGAUUACCAUAUAACCCAGGGGAUAGAGACUACAGAACAUACAUUUACAAAGGCAGGAGAUAUGGACAAAGCCCAAGCACUAAUUAUUAUAACCAAGGAAGCCCUGGAGAUCCUAGAAUUAGAGGCCAAGACGAAAGGUUCACUUAUGAUAGGGCGGGAAAUGCCGAGCCCAUCCUACCAGGCAUAUUAGGUGGUUGGAGGGAAGAUUUACAAGGAAAGAGAAGAGAACAAACUAGAGAAAAGGAGAGAGACGUAUUUGUUGAAUCAACGCAUGGAACCGUGCAGGGGUUUCAAGUAUAUUUAUUUGACAAUCCCGAUCCUGACUCUCUCUAUAGGCCAGGAUCGGAAUUUAUUGAAAGAGAAUUAGGUGUAACGUCAGUGUUUUUGGGCAUACCAUAUGCACAGCCUCCCGUUCAAGAGGGAAGAUUCAAGAGGCAAGGGACAGCUCACAAAUACCCAGUCAUGAUGUAUAUUCAUGGCGGGGAUUUUAUCCACGGAGCUUCAAAUACUUUCCCGGGACAUAUUUUGGCAACCUUUUACAAAGUUGUAGUAGUCACUUUCAACUAUCGCUUGGGAGCACUUGGUUUUCUCAGUACGGGAGAUGUCAACUCUCCUGGUAACUACGGCAUACUUGAUCAAGCCAUGGCUUUACGAUGGGUAUAUGAUAAUGCAGAAAAAUUCAACGGAGAUAGAGACAGCAUAACCUUAUUCGGUCCUGGGGCUGGUGCUGCCUCAGCGGGCCUACUUAUGGUGGCACCACAGACCAGUAGCAUGGUUGCUAAAGUCAUUGCGCAGAGCGGAUCUGCUGUGGCCGAUUGGGCAAUGAUUUUCGACAGAUAUCGUGCACAAAAUACCAGCCGAGUUUUCGGUAGACAAAUAGGGUGUAGCAUAGAAUCGUCGUGGAAGCUCGUCAACUGCCUUAAAAACUCUAGAAGUGCCUUAGAAAUUGGAAAUGCUAUCUUUCCACCAGAGGUUGGGCUAUUUCCUUGGGCGCCUGUGAUAGAAAUGAAUGUUUCAAUGCCUUACUAUGAAGGAUGGUAUGAAAAAGAUUGGCAUUUCAUAAAUGAAAGUCCUGAGACUUUAAUCAGGAAGAAAUCCUUCAACCAAGGACUGAGAUACAUGUCAAGUGUUACUUUACAGGAAGCUGCCACUUUUAUCACAUCAAAUAGGAGCUUGGAACCCUAUUUUACUGUGAAUCAAGAUUUUGUUGAUCAAAAAAUAAGAGAACUGGUUUUGAGAUAUAAUUAUACACUAAAUCCCAAUGGCACCUUUGAUGCCAUUAAAUAUAUGUAUACCUAUUGGCCGGAUCCCAAUAAUGUAACCCACAUAAGAGAAAAAUAUAUUCAGUUACUCUCUGAUUUCCUAUACACUGCCCCAAAUGACAAGAUGAUCAAAUUAUUAGUCGAACAGAAUGUCCCGGUGUACAUGUACGUUUUGAACACAACUGUAGAAUCUUUCAAGUUAGCUGAAUGGAGAAAAGUACCGCACAACAUAGAGCACUACUUACUCUGUGGUGCACCAUUUUUGGACGUAGAAAUGUUACCUUCCAGAGAACGAUUCACUCGAACUCAAUGGACGCCCAGUGAUAGAAAUAUGAGUCACUUUUUCAUGAAGGCGUAUACUGAUUUUGCCAAAUAUGGGAAUCCUUCACACACCCAAAUUUUAGGAUUGCAUUUUGAGGAAUGCAAAAAUGGACAGCUUAAAUAUUUGAAUUUGAACACCACUUACAACUCUUCGAUUAUGUGGAACUUCCGGCAGACUGAGUCUGCUUUCUGGACCCAUUAUAUACCGACACUGGUGGGACAUCUCGUACCCACAUAUCCUCCUACAACUGAGUUUUGGUGGGAACCUAGGGCACCUCUGCAAAUUGCAUUUUGGAGCGUAUCAGGAUUUUGUCUACUGCUGAUUGUUUUGUUGGUAGUCUGCUGUAUGCUGUGGAGAAACGCUAAGAGAUCGUCUGAUAGAUACUUCAAUCCUUAUUUGUACCCAUCUGAUCCUGAUACUGACAACGAAGGAAUCGAAAAUCUUCGAGGACCAGACUUGAACCAAUACACAGAAAAAUAUGGUUCUCGCAUAGCACCUGAGAGAACUAAUAGUGCCUCAUCGCUCCAGAGUGUUUCUUGGAAAGAGAAACAGGGCUUUAUGAGCAGCAGUCCCAAUGGAGAGGUCAAUCAGCCUAGAAGGGGGACUCCUGUCCUACCUUCGAAACAUAAAAGUAAUUCUCAAAGUAUUCCGCAAGGUAUUCCACAAACCGACGUUUGAAGUCUAGUUUUUUUUUUGUAACACAUGUAUCCAACUGUAUUGAAGAAUGUGUAUAUUUUUACCUACGUACUAUAUUUUUGAAAACAAA